AUGUUAGAAUCAGGAAUUCAUGACGGAGAUGAGUAUGAUGGAGCCUGGUGUGCUGAGUUCAAGGACCAGCAUCAGUGGCUUGAAGUGGACGCCAUUCAUCUCACCCUGUUUACAGGAGUCAUCCUGCAAGGCAGAAACUCUAUCUGGAGUUGGGAUUGGGUUGAAACCUACAAAGUUCAGUUUAGCAACGACUCUGUGGACUGGCAGACCUGCAGGAACGGAACAGAAGAGGCGAUAUUCAAAGGGAAUCAGGAUCCAGAGACUCCGGUUCUCGGGCUCCUGCCGGUUCCCACUGUCGCCCGUUUCAUCCGCAUCAACCCUCAGACCUGGUACUACAACGGGACCAUCUGCCUCAGGGCCGAGUUACUGGGCUGCCGUGUCCACGAUCCAACGGAUCCGUUUUCCAGUCAGCAAGAAGGAGGGUCCAGGGAUAAUCUGGACUUCAGACACCACAACUACAAAGAGAUGAGAAAGCUCAUGAAGUCUGUGACGGAGGAGUGUCCAGAGAUCACCCGCAUCUACACCAUAGGCAAGAGCUACAUGGGCCUCAAGCUGUACGUCAUGGAGAUAUCCGAUAACCCGGGAAAACAUGAACUCGGUGAACCGGAGUUUCGCUACGUGGCGGGGAUGCACGGGAACGAGGUGCUGGGCCGAGAGCUCGUCUUAAACCUCAUGCAGUAUUUGUGCAAAGAAUACAAAAAGGGCACCCAGCGUGUCGUGCGGCUGGUUACCGAGACGCGGAUCCACCUUCUGCCCUCCAUGAACCCAGACGGAUAUGAAGUUGCUCAUCAGAAGGGGUCAGAACUGGCCGGCUGGGCUGACGGGCGAUUCACCUUCGAAGGAAUCGAUCUGAAUCACAACUUUCCAGACCUCAACAACAUCAUGUGGGAGGCCCAGGAGAACGCAGCCGAUGCAUCUAAAGUGCCCAACCACUACAUCCCCAUCCCAGAAUACUACACUCAGGAAGAUGCCAUGGUUGCGCCAGAGACGAGGGCCGUCAUCAGCUGGAUGCAGGAUAUCCCCUUCGUGCUCAGCGCAAACCUUCACGGCGGGGAGCUGGUCGUCACGUACCCGUUCGACUGCACCCGUGACUGGGCCCCUCAGGAGGACACCCCCACGGCAGACGACGCCUUCUUCCGCUGGCUGGCCACCGUCUACGCCUCGACCCACCUGGUCCUGGCCAACCCCGACCGCCGCAACUGCCAUUACGAGGACUUCCAGAUGCACAACAACAUCAUCAACGGCGGGGCCUGGCACACAGUCCCCGGCAGUAUGAACGACUUCAGUUACCUGCACACCAACUGUUUUGAGGUGACGGUGGAGCUGUCCUGCGAUAAGUUUCCUCAUGCCAGAGAGCUUCCCGUGGAGUGGGAGAACAAUAAGGAGUCUCUUCUAGUUUACAUGGAGCAGGUUCACCGAGGAAUCAAAGGCGUCAUCAGAGACAAGACCACCAAACACGGAGUAGCUAAUGCCGUGAUCAAAGUGGAAGACCACGACCACGACAUCAGAUCGGCGGCUGACGGGGACUACUGGCGUCUGCUGAACCCAGGCGAGUACAAGGUCAUCGUGCGGGCCGAGGGAUACCUGCCGUCCAUGCGUCGCUGCCACGUCGGCAUGGAGCCUCGUCCCACCAUCUGUGACUUCUCCCUCACCAAAACGCCGAUACAGAGGCUUAAGGAGAUUCGGGCCAAAGGAGAGAAGAUCCCAAAGGACCUUCAGCUGCGGCUCCGUGCUCUCAGGAUGCGUAAGCUGCGCGCCAGCACCAAAGCCAUCAACCGGCGCAGAGCGAGCGAGCAGCUGCGAGCGAGGAGAGCUCGCUCCUCCUGAGCUUAGCGGGGGAUCAGAGAGGACAGGACCAAGGGCUGAGGAAGCCUCGGAAAUUAUCUGGAUUAUUGGUUAAAAAAAAUUCUAUGUGGUUUUCCUCUUUAAAAAAAAAAACACUGUUGAAG